GCGCGCUCUGGCUCUGUUCAUUCUGCACUGGCUGCUGUCAGCACGCAGAGUCUGAACGGCGAGGCGUAACGCUGUUACUCCACAAAACCGUGUGUUGACACGCUAGACACGAAACUAUCGCUCUGGAUAUCGGACUGUCCUAAAAGCCCAGAUGACGAGCGUUGACCGGGAGCGAAACGGCAGGACUACAAAUUCUCUCUGGACUGCAAGAGCUGUGUUGUGGUAGAGCUGGACUCAAAAUAAACAGGUGGCUUUUACAUUGGUUUCUUAAACAUCUGAUUCUGGCCGGGAAAGCAAGAUAAAGACACAGAGAGAGGGUUGAACAUCUGCUGAACACAUCAGUGGAAGGCUGUCACCAGGUGGGCUGUAUGCUGUGGCUUUGGAGACGGAGCCAGAGGACUUCUUUAUGCCCACAGGCCCCGGCUGUCCAAAGGGGGGAUGAUCUGGAGUGCUGCACAUAGGCCUAUCAUUAGGCCGUCGGGGCCCAUGCUAAGGAAUGGAUAGUUUUGCUGCUAAAUGUAACUUCCCUUUAACUAUGGGUCAACGGAUUGGUAUGAAAAUCCUUUUUUUCCUUGGAAUCAGCUAAAGCAGCAGUUGAUGCAAAGCAACUUUUAUUUGUUUUUUAGGAUUUAUAUAAUUUGAUGUUUUAUAUAAAUGUGUCUACAUAGCAUUUAUUGUUUUUAGGUGGCUAGCGUUAUAUUACAAAGCAGACUUUUGAACAAACAAAGACCAUGGCGGCUACCUAUCGCAUUGUGGUCAGCAGUAUUAACUGUUAUAACAGUGUUGUGAUUGACCGUCGUGUCCAGCACACUGUACACUACUGUAAUGGGCCCUGUGGUGCACUAAAACAUGGACUGAACUGCACAGUGGCUCACCGCAGCACUUGUGCUGAACUUCUUGAUAACCCCAUAUCUAGAACCUGCUCUGAUCGGCCCAUCAGCCUUCAUGAGUCCAAAACGAUGGAGAAUGGCAGCACCGGAGCUGGUGCUUUCUGCGACGACUACCACCAGGUCAUUCCCAGAGUUAAGAAAGGAUCUGCCAUCCAAAGCUCCGCAAGCCUCAAGGAUAUUACAGGGGAAGCCAUCAACCUAGCCAGUGGAAAAAUCAAGGAGUUUUCAUUUGAGAAAAUCAAAUACUCUUCCAGCCAUGUGACUUUCAGAAAGGGACGAAAGGUUCGGCCAGACUCCUUCAGCAGGAGGUCCACUGAUCUAGACAUCAUCUAUGGCCAGUUCACAGGCAAUGAUGAGAACUGUCCUCCUUUUGGCCUGUUUCAGAAAUCUGUACUCGAGGAGCAUAAGCUAAGCCGCAGCGCAUCCCUAGAGCAGAACCUGAACAAUGUGGCUACUCUCUACCUUAACAGCCUCACUGAGGAGAACCUAAUUACCCGUAUACUAGAGAAGACCAAGGCAGACAGCAGUGCUUCAGGAGAAGACAUUAAAGCCUGUUUAGACAUUCUCCUCAAGUGCUCGGAAGAUCUGAAGAAGUGCACGGACAUUAUCAAACAGUGCAUCAAAAGGAAGUCAAUGGGUGGAAGCAGUGACGACUCUGGGAACCCUGAAGUCAUUUAUAAAAAUGUGAUGGCUCGUCUCUCCAACUACCUGAAGAGGCUUCCUCUUGAGCUGGAACAGGGGCAAAGUGUAAGGCAGGAGCACAGCGAGCUUGCUGAACUAGUCAACAGCAUACACGGGCUGCAGCAAAUCCCUUUCUCCCCCAUCUUUGGCAAUGAGCAACCUCCACGCUAUGAGGAUGUUGUUCAGUCUCCUCCACCCACAAAGCCUCGGAUGAAACCCUCCCAGCCAGAAACUCCAGAAAGCUCUAGGGAUCUUGCAAGCAAUGUGAAACCCAUUCAGAGCCCCUCUGGUUUGUCAGCACGUACACCUCCAUCAACUAAUGGCUUCCCGCAUGGCAGCUUGCCUUCGGCCUCCAGUAGCGGUUCAGCGCCUUAUAUCUGCCACCACACAGUCUCAACAAGCCGACCAGACACAUUUUCUUCCACAAACUCUCUCUUGUCUAGCAGUAGUGAAAGCCUCUGUAAGGAUGCCAUGGAGGCUCUGUAUAUCGAGGAAGAGGAUUCUGAUUUGGGAAGGAUGCCGGACAGGGCAGUUAAAGGGGAUGGGAAGCACACCUGUAGUAUUUCGGAGUCCAGACCAUUCUCUAAAAGACCCACUGGCUAUUCUGAGCCUAGUGGUGGCAUUUCAGAUAAACUUCAUGAACUUAGCAGAAAUGGAACUGUGUUCAAGCCUAAAAACGACUCAAUGGUCAACCAGAUGUACUUGCCAAAAAGCACAGACUCCAGACUGUUCCCUAGAUCAACCUCACAUGUUAAUAAAGGGGGAUCCGACGACAUUGAUAAAUUGCUGAUGGACCUAGAGUGUCUUUCCCAGAACAUGCAAAAAGAGCCUCCCCUGCCCCCUAAACUUAAAAACUGUGGCCAGCAGACAAGUCCCCCCCACCAUUUGAUUAGUAACUCUGUGGCUAAAGAUCUCCCAGUGGCAAGUCUGUCUGGACCCUCGGUUUCUAAGACCUCAGAGACAGGGGUUGAGACCACCGAAGAAGAUGAUGGAGCUCUGCUUCUCAGGAUUCUUGAGAGUAUUGAGAGCUUCGCUCAGGAGCUGGUGGAGAGUGGGGCUGGGAGAGGAACUCAGUCUAAGGAGCGAGAGGUCAUGCGUCUUCUGCAGGACACGCUGGCCAGCACCAAAGCGGAAGUGGCUCCACUGCCUGUACCUCCGUCUGAGACCACAUCUACACCAGCACAAACACCUAAAUGCACACCUGCCCCAACACUCUCAAGUGCACCUGCUGCAGUGCAGACCCCGGCUUCAACUGGAAGAGACACAGGUUCAACACUUCUCAUUCAACAGAUACCUGAAGUCAUCAGGAUCCAGCCUGAGAAGAAACCUGGAACACCUCCUCCAACUCUAGCACCUGCACCCUCUUCGCCAACCCCACGGCCGCCCAGCCCUCCGCCAGCCAAAGUAGUGGUCACUCCCCCACCCUCCUCCAUAAACAUUCCACGCUUCUACUUCCCCAAAGGCCUUCCAAACUGUGCAGCCAACUAUGACGAGGCCAUUGCCAAAAUCGAGGCGGCCUUCACAGAGUUUGAGGAGGAGAAAGCUGACAUUUAUGAAAUGGGGAAGAUAGCAAAGGCUUGUGGGUGUCCCCUCUAUUGGAAAUCACCAAUGUUUAUUUGCGCUGGUGGAGAGAGGACAGGUUUUGUUUCUGUUCACUCAUUCAUUGCAACAUGGAGAAAGUUAUUACACAGCUGCUAUGAUGAUGCAUCCAGGUUUAUUUACUUGCUGGCCAAACCAGGCUGCAGUUACCUGGAACAAGAAGAUUUCAUCCCUCUGCUACAGGACAUCGUGGACACUCAUCCAGGGCUGACAUUUUUAAAAGAUGCUCCUGAAUUCCAUUCCCGGUACAUCACAACAGUGAUUCAAAGAAUAUUUUACACAGUUAAUCGCUCUUGGACAGGCAAAAUCAACAUGACAGAGCUCAGGAGAAGCAACUUCCUUCAGACUCUCGCUUUGCUGGAAGAGGAGGAUGACAUCAAUCAAAUCACAGAUUAUUUCUCUUAUGAGCACUUCUAUGUCAUUUACUGUAAAUUUUGGGAGCUGGACACUGACCAUGACCUCUUCAUCGACCCCAAGGAUCUGGCUAGGUACAAUGAUCAUGCCUCAUCAAGCAGAAUAAUUGAGAGGCUGUUCUCAGGAGCUGUCACAAGGGGAAAUUCGGUGCAGAGAGAAGGGAGAAUGAGCUAUGCUGAGUUUGUCUGGUUCCUCAUUUCAGAGGAGGACAAAAAGAAUCCCACAAGCAUAGAGUACUGGUUCCGCUGUAUGGAUAUGGAUGGAGAUGGUGUUCUGUCCAUGUUUGAACUGGAGUUUUUCUAUGAGGAGCAGUGUGAACGUAUGGAGGGGAUGGGCAUUGAACCACUGCCUUUCCAGGAUCUCCUGUGCCAGAUGCUGGACUUAGUUAAACCAGAAUGCCCAGGUAAAAUUACUCUUCGAGAUCUGAAGCGCUGCAGGAUGGCACAUAUAUUCUAUGACACAUUCUUCAAUCUGGAGAAGUACCUGGACCAUGAGCAGAGAGAUCCCUUUGCAGUGCAGAAGGAUUUGGAUAGUGACGGUCCAGAACCCUCCGACUGGGACAAGUAUGCUGCCGAAGAGUAUGAGAUUCUUGUGGCAGAGGAGACGGCCAAUGAACAGCUACGAGAGGGAUCUUUCGACGACGAUUACGAGUCCGAUGAGCUCACGGUCUCCUCAGACAUUGGAAAUAAAAUGGAUAAGCUGGUCAUAUCUGAUUUAUCGGCAUAAGCCGCCGUUUUUGUCUACACACCAUGACGUCGAACGGAUAACCACCAUGCCAUAUUUUCCCUCAUUCAUUAAAAAGGGAAAAAAACAAACAUUUUUUUCUACAUUUCAUUAAGGACAUUUGUGUGUGUGUGCAUGUGUGCAAUAGAACUAAUUCUAAAACCAAAAGGCUUCAGACACCCACAAAAAAGGCUUUAUGUGCAAUAUGUCUUAACAUGUAAAUGUAAAACUCAUUGUUUUUCACUCUCUUACCGAUAGUCACAUCCACUCCCCUCAAACUAAACUGCCGGCUGGUUCCAUCCACCCUUCACAAAGACUUUGAUGUGAAACAAAAGGACUUUUUAGUAACUUUAGGAAGAGUUUAGAAUGUGCUUUAAUGUGAGUGAAACCAUAUGUAAUGCUGCCAUAUAUUUUUAAAGGGCGGGGAGGGAAAACUAGAGAGACUUUAUACUUGUGUGGCACGUAACUCACCGAAACUAGUUCUCUCGGACUAAAUCAUGAGAUCAGCACAUGUCCGAUGCUAUGCUGUGUUGCACAUGUUUAAGGGACGGUGUUGCUCCCAGUGGUCACUGAUGGUAUUGCAUGUUAUUGCUUAAAGAAAAGACAAAGUUGUGACUUUUACAGUGUUUGAACUUAAGACAGCAAACCUCCAUUUACAUAUUUCCAGACGAACUGACCAGGACAAUCUAAGACUUGAAAGUGCUUUUUGGAAAUGUCCUUUCUCAGAUAUAGAAUAAUGUGUUCAAAUGGUCAUAUCUUUUUCAAAAAAUGUAAACAUGAAAAAUAUAUAUAUAUAUAUAUAUAUAUAUAUAUAUAUAUAUAUAUAUAUAUAUAUAUAUAUAUAUAUAUAUAUAAUCAUCAUGCUUUUCAUCUUCUGUGUACAGAGACAUUUGUCCUAUACCAUUAUGUAUGUAUUUAAUUCACCUGUAAUCAUGUAAAGACAACUGUAAAGCACUAUUUAUUUGGCUUGGGCAUUGUUAUUUUGCUGUUUCAUAUUAUACAGAAGACCACAGUCCUUCUGACCCCUGGUUGACCACUCAAUCAAAAUUCAGUGCUCGUGUAUUCUCUUCUACCGUUAACUCGUGCAAUGUACGACGAAUUGGAGUUGCAAAAAUAACCAUCUCAAAUCUGUUCAUUCAUUGGUCAGUCAGCUAGUCCCGCCCCAAACACCACAGAGCUACAUUGUUUACAGGGAAACCAACUUACGCUUGCUUAUACUUCUCUGCCAUUAAACUUGGAAUCGGAGAAAGUGUUUAUUAGCUAUCCAAAAUGACACAAUUCAGCUUUAACAAGUGACUGUUUCAGUGUUUUACAAAUGUCUCUCUGUGUGCUUGAAGGCCAAACCUCCCUCCACUCCGUCACACUCUUUGGUUUAUGUAAUUAGUGUAAUAUAUUUAUAUAUGUGAAGUGGUUUUGUUUGUUUUUGUUUGGCCAGCCAUUUUCAUGGUUUACCGGUAGCUUUUUCUUGUACUGUAGUUUAGCUCUUUUUUUGACCUAGGACAUUUAUUUUAUAUAGCCACUGUAAAUGUCUUUGUAUUUUAUUUUUCCCAUGUGACUGACUCUGCCACUGAGUGGUAGGGGAUGUUUAAAUUAUGAUAUAUCUCUAACUGCCAGUGUUAUAUAUUGUGCAUUAAGCUGAGUGGGCAGGGGCUUUAUGAAGGAAUUCAAUAUGAAUUCAUUGACAGGUGACAAUCAACUGGACAUGUUUCUGCAAUUAAUGACAUGCAAGUAGCACUUCUUAGAAAAAAACAAAAAACCUAAAAAAAAACAGAGCAAUACAACUGCUGUAGUGUGUUACACUUUUAUCAGGACUAUUAGAUAUUCAGAUAAAAACACAAAGCUGAAACUAAACUUGACUAAUGCUACAAUCCUGGUUCGUUUUUUUUUUUUUUCACUAGCACAUUGACGCUAUGCAAAUCUGAUCUUCUGGACAGCUAUUGGCAGCUACAGAAGCUGUAAACAACAAAACUUGUUAGUGUGCGACUUUUUCUUUUCUUUUUAUCUUUUUUUUGUGUUUUAUAUCUUUCCACGUGUUUUUUUUUUUUUUUUUUUUUUUUGGACUUGAUAUGUCUUGUUUGCAGACGGUGAAAGAUGGAACUUAAGUGGCGUGAUCUCUUAAGUGCUCUGAUGAGAUGGCUCUGGUGUUCGCAUGAAUUUUCCCUUUUUUUUUCUUUUGGAAAAUUAUGAAAACAAAUAAAAAUGUCAACUCAU